AUGAAAAUCCAUUAUACUAAUAUAUUAUUGUUUGCUCUUCCAUUAAACAUAUUGGUAAAUACCCACAAAAAACCACACACCACAGCACGUCAUACACAAAAAAUACCAACCACAAGGUCAUUAAGCGAAUGUGAAUUGUAUGCACCUGUCAACUAUUAUAGUGACCCACAAAUGAAAGAAGUGAUGGAUAAUUUCAAUAAACAGACACAACAAAGAUUUCAUGAAUAUGACGAAAGGAUGAAAACUACACGCCAAAAAUGUAAAGAUAAAUGUGAUAAGGAAAUCCAAAAAAUUAUAUUAAAAGAUAAAUUAGAAAAAGAAUUAAUGGACAAAUUUGCUACGUUAGACACGGAUAUACAAAGUGACGCCAUUCCAUCAUGUGUUUGUGAAAAGUCGAUAGCAGAAAAAGCGGAAAAAGGAUGCUUGAGAUGUGGUUAUGGUCUAGGAAGUGUUGCACCAAUGAUUGGAUUAACUGGUUCAGUUGCUGUAAAUGUGUGGAAAACUGCAGAACUUGCAGCGGCUAUGGAAUUAGCUAAACAAGCAGGUGCUGCGGCCGGUAUUAAAGCAGGACAUUUGGCGGGUACUAAAGUUGUUAUUGAUCAAUUACACACAUUGGGUAUAUACUUUGUAGGUGGUAAACCAUUGGAAUCAAUUAUUCAUGUAACAAAUUAUAUGAAUGUGUCUGUCAUUUAUGAUAAAGUUUAUUCUCAUUAUACCACGUUAUGUACACCUCGUUUUGUUAUUGAUCGCCCUGUCGGUGAUUUUAUAUUUAGUGGUCCUGUUUGCAAUUUGGUUCAGCCAAAUCAUCAAGGUAUAUGGGUUAAAAGUUCAGCACAAGCUAUUAUAAAAAAAAAGGUAGAAGAAGCUGUUGCAGAAGGUACACAAGCUGCUGACGUAGUUGCUAAGAAUACUGCUGAUGAAGUUACAAAAGCAGCUAUAAAGACGAGCACAGAAGCUAUAGAUGCUGCAACUACUACUUACUAUACUCCCAUAAUAGCAUCCAUCGUUGCAAUAGUACUUAUAGUUUUAAUUAUGGUGAUAAUAUAUAAGAUUUUACGUUAUCGAAGAAAAAGAAAAAUGAAGAAAAAACUCCAAUAUAUAAAACUAUUAGAAGAAUAA